AUGGCUUUUGCACGUCAUCUUCCCGUUGACAUGUCUCUUUUGCGUCUUCAAGACAACCACGUUGUUAAGGCAAUUUGGGAAGGAAGUGAAAGAGUUCUUCGACCCAGAAGACAUGCAUUAUGGAUAGCGAAGCAUGUCGAUGAACUAGAUGAAAGAGUGAUCAACAUACUACAAGCAGUCGGAUUUCACCAUAUUUUGAAGGUGUCAAAUAUGGAAAUAAAUCACGUCCUAGUCAAUGCUUUAGUUAAAGGUAAUGCUGUCACUGGCAUCAGCAGUGGACCUCUGACAUUAUUUUGCCAGCAAUUAUUAGGGCAUGUUCCACCGGAAAACACUAUCAGGGGCAACAUAAUCAAAUUGUCCUGGCUGAAUAAUACAUUUCGGCAGUUACCUCAUGAUGCCCCCGAUGAGGUAGUGGAACAAUACGCUCGAGCGUACAUGUUGUUGAUAAUUGGCAGCAUACUAAUGCCAGAUACUUCUGCAAGCAUGGUACAUUUGAUGUAUCUACCACUUUUAGCUGACUUGGAGAUGGUGGUAAACUACAGUUGGGCAUCUGCAAUUCUGGCCUGUUUAUACCGUGCCCUUGAUCAUGGUACAAGAGUUGAUCAAGACAAUAUCGGCGGCUGA